AUCACACCCUACGAGGAGCGUGCCCUAGACCUACUCGUGCAGUACAGUGUGUCGCGUCAGGAACCCAGGCAUGUGUGCGGGCCGAGGCUCUGCGCCGCAUGUCGAUGUGACGCAGCGGGCGACGUGCGGCGAGGCGUGGUGUGGUGGCCGCUGCGGGCUGGCGUGGCCAUGACCCAGGCGGACAUUCCAUACUAAAAACAAGCGAUUAAAAACUUACGUAAUACGCGUUACAUACGAAUUAUCGGUUCUUGAUUUUUUUUUUUUCUUUUUUGUGUGUGGGCGCCUCGCCACAGCCUGGCGUCCUUGUCCUGGCGGCCGCGACUCCCUGGCGUCCCGGCCCUGGCGGCGCCAAGGUAGGCUGCUCCCGCUGUCCCCGCCAUGACGGAGGAGAGCCGGGAGGGGCCGGCCGCCUCAUUACCUCAACAGCACGCACGACCUCGAGAUAAGCCCGAGGAAUGGGUUUGCUUUCGAUUUUAGAAACUUGAUAGCAAGGCGAUGCGGAUGAGGGGCAAUUGGGGCCUCCAUCACGGCGGGGCGCGCGGUGGGCAUGCCAAUCCCCGCACCGCCCCCCGCGUCACCUUGGAGACACUUCUUGUGCAGCUCCUGGUCAUCGUGAUAUUGUUAGGCGGCGCUGGUGCUCCUCUUACCGCAAGGCGUUUGCUGGGGUGCGGGGGGAGAGGGAGGGGUGCAACGUGGUCAGCGUGUAGUAGCGCUGGUGGUGGUGGUGCUGGUAGCCACACACAGUCAGUCAGUCAGCCAAGGAGCAUCGGGGAGGGGGAAGGUGUCUCGCUACUCAGUACACUCACCUCUCCUCGCCUCCUCCCCAUCGCGUGCCGGGUGCAGUGCGUGGCCCAGGUGUGUGUCCAAACGUGUGGCCUUGUGUACGUCCCUGUGAUCACAAAUGUACACACGGUGGUGGUGUUUGUGUGUCUACGGACGGGUGUUUGUCCCUGUGUGUCUGUGUGUGUAAACCUGAGAGGUGCAAGGACUGUGGUGAUGGUGAUGUGACGCGUGUUUGUAACUCAGGACAAGAAGGAAUGAGAUCGGUUUGGAAACACACGUAGCAAUGACACUGUUGUGUCCGCUGCGAGCACCGAGGCGUGAGUGCCGCCGACGAGUGAGUGGCGCUAGUCUGCCGCUAUGAGGAUGUUCAAGUUUUUCGAGGGUGGCUCCCUGUCCCGGAGCAGAGACUCUGUGCCGGUGGGUGGCAGGGAAGGCGCCGCCGCGGGUUCGGCGUCCAACUGGGCCGCCGCCGAGGGAACCUCAGGAACCAGAGGGUCAGGCCUCGCGCGAAGCAUUUCCUCCUUGAAACUCGGGCGGUCGGGGCACCGCAGUGACAGAGGGAGUCGGGAGGAAGGCGUGGACCGCGGGCUAGAUAAGCGGCUGUCAGUGAGGUCCUCCGCCUCGGGCAGGAGCGGCCCCGCCCUCCGCCGCAGCAACACCCUGCCCACCAAGCGCAGAGUGUCGGGCUCCUCGCACCACCACCGCGAUGAAGUGACCUCGGGGCGCGAGUCCCGCACGAGUUACGAGGGAGGCAGCACCACCACGGAGGGCAGUCGCUUCACCGACACCCUAAGGAGGCUCAGCAGGAGGGUCACCGGCAGGAAGGGCCACCCGAGGCACACUGACGAAGAGCUGUCCCGAGGGUCGUCAGUGUGCACGCUGCGCCACGAGGACCACGAGUUUCCCUCCCACUACCUCAGCGUGUCGGAGGUCGCCACCUCAGAGAUGGUGUCUCCUGACGUCUCGCUGAUGGACCUGGGCUCCAUCGAUGCCACGCCCACCGUCACACCCUUCGGGAGCCAGGGCCUGGCCUUCCCUCGCCAGGCGUCGCUGGGCUCCCUCAAACACGCUCGUUCCCACGCUCACACUCUCUCUCCUGACCUCAGCGCCCUCUGUCAUAUCCUGGCCACGUUCAGGGACCCCAGAGGAUGUCCCCAGCAUGAGGUCUACGAGAAUGUGAGCCCAGGCCACAGCGGCGACUUGCUUGGCGCCAACGGCCUGCGGCCCCACAGCCCUGCCUCCAGCCUCAUCUCCUCGGCACGUGAGGAGCAGGGGUCAGGGGUCAACGGGCGCCGGGAGGUUGGGGCGCGGGGUCACACGUGCCCCCGCUGCCAAGUGUCCUUCCUGACUACCCUGCAGCUGCUGGACCACUGGGCCACCUUUCACACACACGACGACCUUCACACGCCCCCGCCCCCCCUCCACUACAGCGGCCACACACUGGAGGAGCAGGGCAAGGGCGCGCACCUCCUGCCGGGGUCUAGAGAGAGAGCACUGAAGGGAAUCACGUCGAGCCAGCAGCAGCAGCAGCAGCAACAGCAGCAGCAGCAGCAGCAGCAGCAGCAGCAGCAGCAGCAGGAGGAGCACACCGCCAGCUCUCAGUAUCUUAACCAUCAAAUCAACGGAGUAGGCCGGGUCCCAGUGGCGCCGCAGGUUGAGGGUAGGCUGCGGCAAGGUGUUGAGGGGCCUCUUGCUGUACGUGGACUCCUGCUCGAGCCCCGACACGUGCACCCCCGCCCCGCCCUCGUGCCUUGUGCGGGGAACCUCCGGGAUGAUGACGCUCGUGUGUUCGUUCAUGAGUUCGUAUCGUAUGUACAGGUCCCAGUCUGCCUCCUGGUGGGCGGCAGGAGGGAGGGAAGGAAGGAGUGUUGAGUGAGUGAGUGAGUGACAAAAAUGAGUGUCUAAAAAGCUGUAGGUAAUUACAAGAAGAGUUUAGUAGUGAAAGAGUUAGAAACAGAGAAAGACUAGUUUACGAAUGAAUAUAAGAGGUUUUAGUACAACAACCAAUAUAAAAAACCGUCAGUGACAGGAAAAAAAAUAGUCUAUCAGUGAAACGGUAUUAAAAACAACACAAUACAGACACAGAGGAGGAACCCACAUGGCGUUACCUGGUGGUGGGGCGGCCAGCGGGACAGCAUGCGGGUGGCGGUGGAGCGGCGCGUCAUCCAGCCGUAGUAGGGGUAGGACUGCACGCGGUAAAUGCGGUGCGGGUCGCUGGCCGUGUGCGGGAAGGCGUUGUAGUUAUAGGCGUUGACACACAGGAUUGACUGGUCCACGCUCAGGAGAAGAGAUGUUUGUUGGAAGUAACUGUGCAGGAGGAGCAGGAGGAGAUGAGUAAGUAUGAGUGGUAAUGUUAAUAGUUAAUCAUAAAGUAGUAGCGGUAGUAGUAGUAGUAGUAGUAGGAAAAGGAGGAUGAGGAGGAGGAGGAGUAGGAGGACAAAUGGUAAUGUUAAUGUUUUAAGGAAGAGAAAAAGGAGGAGAAAGAGGAGGAUAAAUGGUGAUGCUAAUGGUUCACGAAAAAAAAAGCAGCAGGAGGAGGAGGAGGAGAAGGAGGAGGAGGAGGAGGAUAAAUUAAUGAAAGGGAGCAGGAGAAGGAAGAAGAAAAGAAAAUGGAAGUAAUGGUGCUGCUUAUAGAUUACAAAGGGGAGGAGGAGAAAGUAGUGGACGAAGAGAAAGAUAAAAAAAAGAAAAAAAUUGAAGAAAAAAUUGAGAGGGAAGACUUGAGAGAAAACGAAAACAAGAAAAACAGCAGUAAGACAUAGAAACACAUACACGUAAAAGAAAAAAAAAAAAGCGCGAAGAAGAGAGAAAUAAAAAUAAAAAAAAAGUUUGCAGAGCCGUAUUAACAUGGAGGUAGUUUGAGGGAAACUUAAACAAAAUAGCAAAAAAAAAAAAAAAAAAAGGGAGACAAACACACGCACACAAGAAGAAGAAGAAGAAGAAAAAAAAAAAAACUUGAAGGAAAGUAAAAAUAGAGCUGAGUCGUAUUCAAAAGGAGGUAGGUUUGUGAGAGUAGCGCAGAGACGAGGGCGUGACAAACGAGCGGCCCAUUAAUCACGCACAAGUGAGUCAGCCCGUGUAACUGUUCAAGUGACGCAGAUAUUAAUGACCUGAGGCUCACGCGCGACACCUGGGGACUCGCUAUCAAAAGGUUAAAAGCUAAUUCAUGUACACGUUCCCUCUCUCUGUGGUAAAAGAAAUUGUCGAGACACCUGCUUAUGUGUUUGUGAUCAUGAUUCUUUGUGUUGCUGUCUGAGUUGUAAAGUAGUUGUGGGAUGGGCAAUGCAGGUUGUUAGAGGGUGAAGUUGUUAGGAGGUAAAGUUAUUUGUUACUAGAGCUAUUAGAUAUUAAGGCUUUUUAGGUACUGAAGUUAUUGGCUCUAGAAGUUGUUAGGUUAUUGACGUUGUUGGGUGCUAAAGUUGUUAGGUAUUGAAGUUAUUAAAGAUACUGUAGUUACGUACUAGAAUUAUGGGCUACUGAAGUUUUGAGAUGAAGUUAUGGAGUGAUUGAAAAUUUUAAACACUGAACUUAUUAAACACCUAAGUUAUUUCCUACUCAAGGGGAGGGUGGAGGAAAACUGGUCGAGGUGGAGUGUCAAGUGAUAAAGUUACUGGGGAGAGAGGGGGGGAAAAAAUGAGAAGUUCUUUACAGUUACUUUAAUUUGUACGACCCCGACUCUAUAAGAUGCUAUUCUGUAAUCCAUUAAGGCAAGGGAAGAGAUAUAGAUUACAGGAAUGGAAACUCUUAAUUAUCAUCAUGCACUAUAGAAAAAAAGUACAGCAUUACAUUUAUUUUAAUCAGCACAACCAUGAGAACAAAGCACUAUAGGCCCUUAUGUUAGUUAUGCGUUGAAAUUAUUGAUACAAACUAUAGAGAAAAAACGCAAACUAUUAUAAUUAUUUCAAUCACCAACAACCAUAACAAGAAAGAAAAAGCAACGUAAAUGAAAAUAAAAAAAGUAGUUAGUUAUUUCAGUCUUCAUAAAAAAAAUAAUCCUUUGAGUUAUUCAGGUCAGUUAGUUACGUAAUGAAAUACGAAAAGGUAGUUAGUUAUUUCAACCUCUAUAACUAAUAAAAAAAAAAAAAAACGCCGUUAUCCUUUGAGCCAUUAAGUUAUUAGUAGUUACGUAAUAAAAACAGAAAAGAGUAGUUAGUUAUUUCAGUCUCUAUAACAAAAAAAAAACAUCGUAAUCCCUUGAGUUAUUUGUAAAGUUGUUAGUUACGUAGUGAAAAUAGAAAAAAAAACUAAAAAGUGUAGUUACCGUUACUUCAAUCUCCACAACCAAUAUUAAAAACACAUUAAUCUCUUGACGCAUCAGCUUCAUUGACUCACCUGAUGAAGUCGUUGGCGAGAACCAGGUCGUCCUCUACAAAAAUGACUUUGUCCACGUCAGGGAAGAAAUUGAACACUGUCUGCAGGGAGAAUCUGACGUGCUCGUUCACUCUCUCCUUGGUGCCUGAAGGAAGGGAAGCAGGUGUUGGUAAUUUGCUGCUCCUGAAGGGUACUGGGUGUCUGCCAUGUGUUUUUAAGGUGUUUUUGUUUCUUUUUUCUUUUUAAGGGAAAUUUUUGGAGGUGUAGUAAUAUUCAGUGUUUUUAUUGUGUCCUAUGGUGUAUUCAAUGUUUUUUUUUUUUUUUACUGUUUUGGCAGAAGUUUUUGGAAGUGUAGUAGAGUUCAGUAUUUUAAUUAUUCGUGUCAUGUGGUGUUUCCAGUGUUUCUCUCUCUCUCUCUCUCUCUCUCUCUCUCUCUCUCUCUCUCUCUCUCUCUCUCUCUCUCUCUCUCUCUCUCUCUCUCUCUCUCUCUCUCUCUCUCUCUCUGGAGGAAUGUUUUUGGAAGUGUAAUAAGAGUUCGGUGUCUUACUGUUUGUUGUUAGGGAGAAGAACAAAGGAGUUAGUUAAUAAGGUUAGGGUAAGUCUAGUUAACUUCUGUUGAUUUAGGAUAGUUAAGGUUGGGUAUUAUGAAGGAAAGAAAGAAGAAAUUUAUGAGUGUGUGUGUGUGUGUGUGUGUGUGUGUGUGUGUGUGUGUGUGUGUGUGUGUGUGUGUGUGUGUGUGUGUGUGUGUGUGCGUGCGCGCAUAUUCACCUGGCGUGGCUGGGUUGCGGUGCGUCACCACAGUAAUAUUGAGGAGUCUCCCUAAAGCCUCCGCCUCUGGGUGCGCGCCGUCCACCAGCAUCAUAAGGGGCGUCUGACCCCCCCCGGGGUUCUCCCACAGCGUCCUCACCUGCUGGGCCACCCUGGGGAACCUGGAGGCGGUGAUGAGGACCACGGGGAUCACCUCCUCCAGGGACAGGUGUGGCUGGUGGUGGGGGGGGCGAGGGGAAGGGGAGAAGGGAAGGUUGUUUUAUUGUAUUACUGA